ACAACCCCUUUUGGCAUAGAAUUCCGACGACUCUCUCAUAACUCUUCCGUCUUUGCUUCAAUCUUUUUGAGGUGUGUGUGUGAGGAUGGCGGACGAGGUGGUUGUGCUGGAUACCUGGGCCAGCAUGAUGGGGAUGAGGGUGAGGAUUGCGCUGGCUGAGAAGGGGAUCAAGUACGAGUACAAGGAGCAGGACCUGAAGAACAAGAGCGAGCUGCUUCUCAAGAUGAACCCGGUUCACAAGAAGAUCCCAGUUCUCAUCCACAACGGCAAGCCGGUCUGUGAGUCCCUCAUCAUCGUUCAGUACAUUGACGAGGUCUGGAACGACAAGUCUCCGUUGCUGCCUUCUGAUCCUUACCAGAGAGCUCAAGCCAGGUUCUGGGCUGACUUUUUUGAUCAAAAGGUGUAUGCUGUUGGAAAGAAGUUAGUUACCACAAAAGGAGAAGAGCAGGAGGCAGCAAAGAAGGAAUUCUUGGAAAUAUAUAAGACAAUGGAGAGAGAGCUUGGAGAGAAGCCUUACUUUGGGGGUGAAAAAUUCGGGUAUGUGGACAUUGCUCUCAUCACAUUCUACAGCUGGUUCUAUGUGUAUGAGACAUUGGGAAAAUUGAGCAUGGAGGCAGAGUGCCCCAAGAUCAUUGAAUGGGCUAAGAGGUGCCUGCUGAAGGAGAGUGUCGCCAAGUCUCUUCCUGAUCAAAAGAAGGUUUAUGAGCAUGUCUUGAAGUUCAGAGAUAGGAUGGCGGACGAGGUGGUUGUGCUGGAUACCUGGGCCAGCAUGAUGGGGAUGAGGGUGAGGAUUGCGCUGGCUGAGAAGGGGAUCAAGUACGAGUACAAGGAGCAGGACCUGAAGAACAAGAGCGAGCUGCUUCUCAAGAUGAACCCGGUUCACAAGAAGAUCCCAGUUCUCAUCCACAACGGCAAGCCGGUCUGUGAGUCCCUCAUCAUCGUUCAGUACAUUGACGAGGUCUGGAACGACAGGUCUCCGUUGCUGCCUUCUGAUCCUUACCAGAGAGCUCAAGCCAGGUUCUGGGCUGACUUUUUUGAUCAAAAGGCGGUGUAUGCUGUUGGAAAGAAGUUAGUUACCACAAAAGGAGAAGAGCAGGAGGCAGCAAAGAAGGAAUUCUUGGAAAUAUAUAAGACAAUGGAGAGAGAGCUUGGAGAGAAGCCUUACUUUGGGGGUGAAAAAUUCGGGUAUGUGGACAUUGCUCUCAUCACAUUCUACAGCUGGUUCUAUGUGUAUGAGACAUUGGGGAAAUUGAGCAUGGAGGCAGAGUGCCCCAAGAUCAUUGAAUGGGCUAAGAGGUGCCUGCUGAAGGAGAGUGUCGCCAAGUCUCUUCCUGAUCAGAAGAAGGUUUAUGAGCAUGUCUUGAAGUUGUAUGGACUAAACUAAUGGUAGUCAUGUUCGUGGUUUGAAGUUGUUGGAUUGUUUGGUGUUAUCUCAGAAGAGCAUGUUGUAUUACCUUGAUGUGUCUGCCAAGUGUUUGAUGAAAUUGUGACUUUCUAGCUAGUUUGUACCAUAGGAGUAAGAAAGGCACUUUGUUGUGCCUUCUAAAUGUUAUGGCAGAUGAAAAUAAAAUUGUACCUUUCUACCA